ACAUCCUGUAACAGUCAUGCGCAAGUCGCAGCGCAGUUGUGGUGGCAUGUCGACCGUGUGGCAAGUUGGCGGAUACCGAGUAACGUUAGUUCCUGACAGCGAGCUGUACUUCUGGUAAAGUUUGCGCGUCCACGGAGUGAGAGGAGCGGCGUCCUGCUCGCUGUCUGACGGCUGUGGGUGACACAGGACCGCGGGACUGCCAUGUAGCUGAGGCAGAAGAAUGAGCAGUCAGCACACUCCAACAGACUGGACAGACGACUACACUGUGCAGCAGGAAAAUGAACUAGAAGCUCUCGCGUCUAUAUUUGGAGAUGACUUCCAGGAUCUGCGGAACAAGGAUCCGUGGAAGGUUAAAAGGCCUCCAGAGGUGCACCUCUGCCUGCGACCCAACGGGCUCAACAAUGGGCAGGAAUGCUACGUGGCUGUGGACCUGCAGGUCAAAUGUGCCCCCACAUACCCAGACGUUCCUCCAGAGCUGGAGCUGAAGAAUGCCAAAGGCCUGUCCAACGAAAACCUCCAGAAUCUCCAGAGUGAACUCAACAAGCUGGCAGUGGUGCGAUGUGGGGAGGUGAUGAUUUACGAACUGGCAGACCACAUCCAGGGCUUCCUGAGCGAGCACAACAAGCCUCCUUCCAGUUCCUUCCACGAGGAGAUGCUGAAGAACCAGCGCAAGCAGCAGGAGAAACGAGCCGAGGAGGAGCAGCGGAGGAUGGACCAGCGGCGCAAGCAGGAGGAGGAGAUGGAAAAAGAGAUCAUGGCUGUAAUCCAAAAAAGAGAGGACGACAAGCGAGAGGAAAAGAGAAGAAAGGAAAUCGCCAAACAGGAGCUACUUGAGAGCAUAGAACAGUCGGCCUCUGUGUUGGGGAAGAGCCCCCCCAGCCCUGGUGGAGCAACUCCUGAACUGAACGAAGCUAGAAAAGCAGUUGGUAACCGCCGUCGGACUACCUCAAAUACACGCCACAGACGUGACACAAUUAAUGAAGACAACCAUCGAUCACAGGAGCCUCUUCACUUCAACAGCAGCACUUUUGGGGAACUUGUUGUAUACAGAGGGAAAAGUUUAGGUGUAAGUGAGCGGCUCAACCGUAGUGUUUAUUGUGGAUUCGAGGUAAACUCUGGAGACUUUGCUGUGAUCUAUGAGUGGUCGCUGCGCUGGAACAAGACGAUGGGCAAGUUCUUCACCAGCCAGGAGAAAGGAAAGAUUGAGAACUGCAAAAAGCAGAUCCACGGGGCAGAGAAUGAGUUCAACUCCCUCCUGCGGCUGGAUCAUCCAAACUUGGUGCACUACAUGGCGCUGAGCUCCACAGAGAAGGAGGACUGCCUGGUGGUGAACGUGUUGGUGGAGCAUGUGGCUGGGAUCAACUUGAACCAAAGCCUGAACACCCACACCCCGGUCCCUCUGGAUAAACUCUGCCAUUACACGGCCCAGCUGCUGGCCGCUCUCGACUACCUUCACUCCAACUCUGUGGUGCACAAACAGCUGGGGCCCUCCAGCGUGCUGGUGGACUCUGAGGGCAACAUUCGACUGACGGAUUACAGCUUAUCGAAGCGAUUUGCAGAUAUCUGCAAAGAAGACAUUUUCGAGCAAGCUCACGUGCGUUUCUCUGAGGAUACGGCGAUGCCGACCAAAACGGGCAAAAAGGGGGACGUGUGGAACCUGGGACUGAUGCUGCUGGCUCUGAGCCAGGGGAAAGAAGUGAAGGAGUAUCCAGUGACGGUGCCAUCCAGCCUGCCUGCUGACUUCCAGGAUUUCCUUCACAAGUGUGUUUGCCUGAACGAUGCUGAGCGUUGGACAACUCAGCAGCUCUUGGAUCACUCGUUCCUCAAACCUCCUUCCCCUAAAAACCUGCCACAGUACCAAGAGACCAGCCCAGAAGAUCUGGCUGUGGACUUUGCGUCAUCAGUCAUCCCCCGGAGCCACAUCCUCAAUGCUCCGUUCAGUUCAGGGCUGCAGAGGCAGUUUUCUCGCUAUUUCAAUGAGUUUGAAGAACUGCAGCUUUUGGGAAAAGGAGCCUUUGGUGCUGUAAUUAAGGUUCAGAACAAACUAGACGGUUGCUACUAUGCUGUGAAGCGCAUCCAGGUCAACCCAACCAGCAAGCAGUUCAGGCGGAUCAAAGGCGAGGUGACGCUGCUCUCGCGCCUGAACCAUGAGAACAUCGUCCGCUAUUACAACGCGUGGAUCGAGCGGCACGAGACGCCCUCCAUCGGUGUGCUGAGCAACACGGACAGCUCUGAGCCUCAGAGCACAGCUGAGAAACCUCCUCAGUGCAGAGAUCCGCCGCGACGCCUCAAUGAGCUUGGCCUUCCCGACAACGUGGAGGACGUUGCGCCGCCUCCGGCCCUGUCGAGCUCCGUGGAGUGGUCCACCUCCAUUGAGAGAUCCUCCAGCGCCAAGUGCAGCGGACACCAGUCGAGUGAUGAUGAGGAUGAUGAGGACGAUGAUGAGGAAGAUGUAUUUGGUGCCUCUUUUAUGCCUUCUGAUAGUGACUCCAGGAGUGACAUCAUCUUUGAUAACGGGGAUGAAAGUAUAGACGAGAUGUCACAGAUUGAGCCAAGCAAAAGAGCAGUGACUGACACGACGGAGAGCACAGACUCUGACCGAAAUCUCAUUAUCGCCCAUUACUUGUACAUACAAAUGGAAUACUGUGAAAAGAGCACUUUAAGAGACACUAUAGAUCACGGCCUGCACCAGGACCAGAAUCGGUUAUGGAGACUAUUCAGAGAGAUACUGGAUGGCCUUACUUACAUCCACGAUCAGGGCAUGAUUCACAGGGACUUGAAGCCUGUCAACAUCUUCCUCGACUCCCAGGACCAUGUGAAAAUUGGAGACUUUGGCCUGGCUACAGACCAUCCUGCUAAUGUGGCUGCAGGCAAAUUUGAGUUGGAGGAGACUGGCUCUGCAGCGAUGCCCAAACCAGACCCUACAGGUAACAUGACAGGCAUGGUUGGUACUGCCCUCUAUGUCAGCCCAGAGGUUCAAGGAAAUACCAAAGCCACCUACAACCAAAAAGUUGACCUGUUUAGCCUGGGCAUCAUCCUGUUUGAGAUGUCCUACCGGCCCAUGACCACUGGAGCCGAACGCAUCACUGUCCUGAGCCAGCUACGAGUGGAGCCCAUAUGCUUCCCAGAGGACUACGCUACAUACGGGCAAGGAACACAGAAAAAGGUGAUAGAGUGGCUCCUGAAACACGAUCCGGCCCUUCGGCCCACCGCCCAGGAGCUGCUGAAGAGCGAGCUGCUGCCUCCGCCUCAGCUGGAGGAGUCGGAGCUGCAUGAGGUGCUGCAGCACACCAUGGCCAAUGUCAACGGCAAGGCCUACCGCACCAUGGUGGGCCAGCUGUUCGCCCAGAACACCACACCAGUCAUGGACUUCACCUAUGACAUAGACAUGUACAAGGGCAGCUUCAGCUUCAACGGCGCCAAAUUGCAGCAGCAUGUGUAUGAAACAAUCACCAAGAUCUUCAAGAAGCACGGUGCGGUGCGUCUCCAGACCCCGCUGUUCCUCCCCAGAAACAGGAAGCUGUACGAUGGCAGCGAGCUGGCCUGCUUCAUGGACCACAGCGGAAUGCUGGUUACACUGCCCUAUGACCUCCGCAUGGCGUUUGCAAGAUACGUUGCCCGAAAUAACAUAACCCACCUGAAGAGGUAUAGCAUUGAGCGCGUGUUCCGCCCCAGGAAGCUGGAUCGCGCUCACCCGAGGGAGCUUCUGGAGUGCGCCUUCGACAUCAUCACACCUGUCACCAACAGCCUCCUCCCUGAUGCAGAGACCAUUUACACCAUCUCUGAAAUAGUCCAGGAGUUCCCUGCACUUCAGGAAAGGAACUAUAACAUCUACCUAAACCACACCAGCCUGUUGAAGGCCAUCCUGCUCCACAGCGGGGUCCCGGAGGACAAGCUGAGCCAGGCUUCCAACAUACUGUGUGACGCCAUGUGUGAAAAGCUGACCAAACGUGAGAUGGAGGCAAAGUUCUGCAACUUUUCACUGUCAACCAGCAGUUUGCAGACGUUGUACAAGUACAUAGAACAGAAGGGAAAUCUGCAAGACCUGGCGCCGCUGCUGGCAUCACUCACCAAACAGAAAACGGCCGUCACACAGCUGGCCAAGCAGGGUCUCAAGGACCUGGAGGAGCUCACCGUGCUUCUGCGUAGACUCGGAGUCAAAAUGAGGGUGGUGGUCAACUUAGGCUUAGUGUACAAGGUGCAGCACCACUCUGGAGUCAUCUUCCAGUUUGUGGCUUUCAUCAGGAAACGCAAGCGAACCGUGCCAGAUAUAGUGGCUGCUGGAGGACGCUAUGACCACUUGAUCGUUGAAUUCCGAGGGCCAGCUUCCACAGUGCCUGUUCCCAGUGCGGUGGGGGCCAGUGUCGCCCUGGACAAAGUCUGCGCCGCUAUGGCCAGCAUGGAGGAGCCACCAACAGUGAGCUCCUGCGAUGCACUGGUGGUCCCAGUGGGUCACUCCUCAAUGUCCAGAGCCAUCAAUGUUGUCCAGAAGCUGUGGAGCACUGGUGUGUCUGCCGACAUCGCCUACGAUGUCUCACAGUCUCAGGAAACGCUGUUGGACCACUGCAGGCUGGCCGGCAUCACAUGCAUGGCCCUCGUCUCCGACAAAGAGGGACAGUAUGUGAAGGUAAAAUCCUUUGAGAAGGACAGACAGUCCGAGAAACGAAUUCUUGAGUCGGACUUGGUGGACCACAUCAUUCAGAAAUGUCGGACCAAAUUCUUUGAUGAGAGAUACAUCAGAGAAAUCUCUGAAACCAUGACUCUCCAGAACCCCAAAGGAUCCCAGCUCAACAACACAGGCUCUUCAGAGCAACAUGGAAGUGGCAGCACCACCAACAUGAACGUGAACGUCAUCAGCCCAGAGAAAGUUUCUUCGAGUGCUCGACGACGAUAUGAGACUCAGAUCCAAACCAGAUUACAGAAUCUCAGUAGCAAUUUGCAGAACAAGAGCAAUGACAUUGAGGUUCUGGCAGUGGACCUGCAGAAGGAAACGUUGAUCAACUUCCUGUCUUUGGAGUUUGAGAGUGAAGAGCAGUUCAACAGCAGCGUGAAGACUCUGUUGUCUCGUCUCCCCAAGCAGCGCUACCUGAAGUCCAUCUGCGAUGAGAUCCACCACUUCAAGAUUGCAAAAAGGGUGGCUGUGGUGGUUUUGUACAGCUACAAGGACGACUACUACAAGAUCCUUCUGUGAAAACCAAGGAGUUCCGCCGGCCUGGGAGAUAUUCCGCCUUGUUUGAUGUUCAGUCGACUCCCAGAGACUGUUUUUAAUCCUUGGACUUGCAGAGACUGCUUGAAGAUUGACAGAUCUAUACCUUUUCUAUCUACGAAAGUGUGAGCCCCAAAGAAACAGGUGAUUUUUUUGUUACAAUCUUAAAUGGUACUUCAGCCUUUAGAGCAAAGCCCGGUAACUUUCCCCAAAGCCUCUCUGUGUUUUGUGGUCGAGUGGACUUCAUUGCCUUAAUAGAACCUGAGAGUUUGAAAGAGAAAGGGCUUUUUAUCGAAGAUUAUUUGUUUUACAUUUCUAGUUCGCAGCAAGAUGAAUAGAAGGAAUAAAUCACUUUUUCCCA